UUACGAAGUUUUGCCGAUGUGAUAUUUACCAAUAGCACAGCUGUUUGUAAAGGGACCCUCGCAUGGUCCUUCGAGGACGGGUCUCCUGCGCGCAACUGUUCCUAUAGUAACUCGGUAGAUUGGGCCAAAAUUGGUUUAACGUGUGUAACAAACGAGUGAUAUAUAAAUUUAAAUAAUUUGUAUAUAAAGAGACGAUCUUUAUACAUCAUGUCUGAAACGCACAAAAUGCUAUCUGUAUUAUCAUUUUACAAAAAGAUUGUUCAAGGAAUAACAAGCACCUUGAUGCGAAAAAAUCCGCAUUAUGUACUCAGCUGUAUUUUUCUGGAAUAUCUGUACUGUAGAUUGCAAAGAUUAUUUAAACAAAAUCUUUGUUGGAUCACACUACCAGAUACAGCUUUGAAACAUUUAGUGAGCAAUUUAGAAAAUACACAAAAUGAAUUAUACAUUGAUUAUAAUUCCUGUGCAUUAGCAAGUGCACGGUUUCUAAGAAAAUUACCAAAUUCCUGGUUUUAUAUAUGUUCGAUGAUUACAAUGAAGAGAUAUAAAUUAAUGAUUAUACCCACGUCUGACGUUGACGAAAAUACUAUAUUAAUUUCUGAAACGAUGCGACAUAAUUUGCAAAACGCUCUUCACUGUGAACAGUUGGAUGAAUCAUGUUUUAUGUUAUCCUCGGGAGGCGACGUCGUUGAUAUUGCAGCCGAGGCGAGGAUAUCUUUAAUCGCUAAUCCUAAAGAGUACGAGAACGAAAUGAUAAGUGUUAUGUUACAAAAUUACUUUCUCUAUCCUCGACAUUUACAUGUAAACGAUGUGUUUGGCAUCGGCGCAAUGGAAUACGCUCAAGAUCAGUUUUAUUCGUCUGGCUUGCCAACGAUGCCCGUGAUAUAUUUCCUAGUUAAAUCCUUAAAAUUGCAUCGCGGCGGGCAGAGCAGUAGCGUUAACAGUUGUUACGUCGUGUAUGGAGAGUCGACGCUCAUUCAGGAAGCGCAAAUCCACAGUUAUGUCCCUCGGAAACACGUUCGCUCGUUUCCCGAUAACGUUCUCGCACGAUUAAAUGAAGAAACGCGGAAACUGUUGAACGACAUGUAUCCCUCGGCUUUAAUGGAGCCCUUGGAGUACCUUGAGUCGUGUAUUAUGCCUUUCCUAAAAGAAGAUAUCCAGUUGCAUGUGAAGCCAACGUUUCUCGUGAAAGGACCACAAGGCUGCGGUAAACGCGAGUUAAUUCAGAUUAUGUCCGAGAGGACGGGACUACAUUUGUUUGAUGUUGACUUCGCGGAGAUGCAAACUUUAUUGCCGGCUCAAGUGGAAAAUAAGAUUCGCUUACUGCUGCUCAAUGCUCGAAAAUGCGUGCCGUGCGUGCUAUAUCUAAAUAAUAUCCAAGUAUUUGGUAAAACUGCUGAAGGUCAGAAAGACGACCGAAUUAUAUCUGCCUUUUCGAGCGAAGUCGACGCGUUGUACCAUAAACGUCAAAGGUUUCCCCUGAUUAUCGUAGCUGCAACGGAUGAAACCGAGAUGCCCGCAGAACUACAACGAGUAUUUGUCGAAACGAUUCGUGUGAAUCGCUUGAAUCACAGCAAACGGGCGGAAUUCGUAUCUUGGUUCUUGUCCAACAAGAAUCUGACAACUGUCGCGGACGUGUCAAAAGUAGCCGGUCUUUGUUCAGACUUCAGAUUUGCCGAUCUCUUAGCACUGUCGUUGCAUGCAGCCAAGCUUCGAUAUAAAUUAACACCGCCCGAUUCUAGAUCUAUAUUCACUUUGACACAAGAAGAUUUCGAUCGAGCUUAUGAAUGUAUGCAGUCGAUGUAUUCCGACAGUAGAGGCGCCCCGCGUAUACCAGAGGUUCAUUGGGAGGACAUAGGCGGUCUGGCAGAAUUAAAACGUGAGAUUACUCGUAGAAUUCAACUGCCACUGUUAAACGCCUUCGGAUUCGGACAAUCCGGAUUACUAUUGUACGGCCCGCCCGGCACAGGGAAGACCCUCCUCGCUAAAGCGGUGGCGACCGAGUAUCAAUUGCACUUUUUGUCGAUUAAAGGCCCGGAAGUGCUAAAUAUGUAUGUCGGCGAGAGCGAGAAGAACGUGAGACAAAUUUUCGAGGGUGCUCGCUCUGCGGCUCCUUGCAUCAUCUUCUUCGACGAGUUGGACUCAUUGGCACCCAAUCGCGGUAGAAGCGGCGACAGCGGCGGCGUAAUGGAUCGUGUGGUCUCUCAGUUGCUCGCCGAGAUGGACGGUCUCGAAGAGUCCAGCGGCAUAUUCAUCAUGGGAGCUACAAACAGGCCCGAUUUGUUAGACCCCGCGCUGCUUCGCCCAGGAAGAUUCGACAAGAUGCUGUACGUUGGCAUUUACUCGGAUCGCGCGUCCCAGCUCAGCGUUUUGCAGGCACAGACGCGCAAAUUUGAAUUCUACGAAAACGGACGAGAGCUGGAAUCGAUCACGGAUUGGCUACCAGGCAACGUUACGGGCGCGGAUUUGUAUUCGGUCUCUUCGAACGCAUGGCUCAAUGCUGUGCGCGAAGUUCUCGCAAAGUACCAAGCAAUCGAGAGAAUAAUUGACGAGAACCAGCCCGAUGAGAAGAAAAGUAUAGUUAUAGACAGCGUUGUUGUGAAACUGCAGCAUUUUCUGGAUGCUGUUCGCAACUUGGUGCCUUCCGUCAGCAAGGAGGAAAUGGAAAGGUAUAACAGGAUGCGGAUGGAAUUGUCAUCGCCGUAAUUUCAAAGUCGUUGUGAGAUUUGAUAAAAUACUAUAUUUUUUUAAUUUCUGUCAGAAGUCCUUGAUAUCGAUAAUCGAAGUUGUCUUGGAAGAAUAAUAUUCUAGUUCUCAAAGAUUGACCAUCCGAGAUAUUAUUAUAAAUUUACAUUGCUUUGCGUAGUUGGUAUAAUCGAGUUUAUUUCUACAAACAAGUACGAUCACUGAACCACAGUGCAAUCUCGCAAUGAAACAACGCGUGAAUGUUAUAAACGACAUGUUAUUUUAUUUCGAGAAAUAUUUGUAAAACAAUUUGUACAGCGAAUAAUAAUUAAAACGAAAGGAGA